AUGCGCUCGAAGUCGCCACAGAAGCGUGGAAGGCAAAAAAUUGUUCGGCCGCCGACAUACAGAGUCGAAAACGAGUACAAUCCGGAAGCAAUGCCUCAGUAUUUUCAGAGCUUUGUUUAUGAUUUAUAUACAACUGUGAAUGAACUGAAGCAGACAGCAUUGUGGCUAGCGAUAAUGGAACCGAGAUUCUGUGCCCCGCCACGAUUGUUAGGAGAAGCCAGUAUCGACUUAGGAGAGAUUUGGUCUCAGCCUCAUCAUCAAGCCUUUCAUAAAUGGGCGCAAUUACUUCAUCCCCGCGAUUGGGCUUCUGAGCCGGUCGGUUUUCUUCAAGUUGACGUGUCAAUUAUUUCAAAAGCAGAGGAGCAAAACACAUUGCCGAUAAUUGGAAAAGAGAUAUUAGAAGACAAACUGCUUCUUCACUCUGAUGCUCAACAGCAGUGCGCCAAUUAUGUCAUCACAGUGCAUGCAGCUUUUGGUCUACCUAAUAGCACCCACAAUGAAAUAGACAAGCGUAUUGGGAACCCUCCCAGUACUUUCGUAAAAGUUUCCUUUUGUGGCCUUGUGGCCAAAACUGGUAUAAUUCGUCGUAAUAACAAUCCAAGAUAUAGCGAACAAAUAUCUAUAGUGGAAAUGUUUCCUAACAUGUGCCAAGCCAUUCGUUUCGAAGUUUGCUCUGUCGAAAGGUGCUUUCAUCGAGUUAUAUCCUGCACCCAAUUGAAACUCGGCCAAGUAUCACAUGACGGAGAGAAUGGAUUUGUACCAACGUUUGGACCAUCCAUGAUCCAAAUGUACGGUACAACUUGUGGCGACUCCUCGACUGUGAUGGGUCAGGAGAGUCCAUAUCAUCGUGGAGCUUUGGUUGUUACUCUUAGAAUUGUAGUACCGUAUUAUCAGCGAGGAAUCAGAACUAUAUCAGUCGAACCAGUGCCACGUAUCAAUUUAGUAUAA